AUGUAACCAGUAGGGACACGGUGAGACGAAGGCAGACAUACCGGGAGAGGAGACGCCAAAGCUAAAGUCAACGCUCCGCGGCUGCGACAUUUCGCCUGGUGAAUUGAACGACUGGCGACAUUUUCCUUUUCCACCAACGAGUUUAUUUUUAUUUUUCAAUAAAAUAUAUCAAGUUUUUGCCAACCAAGUGUUAUUGAUUCAUCAACAAUUCGGUAAAUAAUCAGCGAGCUGGAGAUACUUACAAUCGCACUUAUAGAUCUGAAAUGAGCUCUCGGGGAAGGGGUUUCAACACGCGCGGGGGUGGAGGUGGAGGUGGCGGCGGCGGUGGCGGCGGUGGCGGCGGUGGCGGUGGCGGUGGUGGUGGCAACUCCUACAGAGGUCGAGGGGGUGGCGAAUGGAGUGGAAACGCAAGUGGAAGUGGCGGAGGUGGUAGUCGGGGGGGUGGCUUUUCAUCGUCAAGGGGUAGCAGAUUCAAUAAGUACUCUGGCGGUGGUUAUGAAUCCCGCAGCAAGUACAAUAAUUCCAGCGGUGGAUCUGACCGUUAUGGCAGCAGAGGUGGUCGGGGGGAUCAUUCCAACAGCUAUAAACGUCCACGAGAUCAGACAUACUCAACACGAGAUGAGCACAGAUCCUCCAGUGAAGCCAGUCGCAAGCGCGCCCGAAAUGACACCUACCAGGGUGAAGGUAGCAGUUCGCAGAGAUACCCAUACGGUGGCUCAGCCUCAUCCUACGAAACAAAACGCUCAUCUUCAGCUGUAUACGACGACAAAAGGCAGAGUGAUAGAUCCUAUCAUCGUAAUGAUGAACGUCACACGUCAGCAUCCAGGAGUUAUCCAGCCCCUCCACCGCCUCGUAUCAGUGACAUGCCACCACCAAAUCAACGUUAUGUCAGUACAAAUCGUGGUAGAGUAUCCCAACAAACCAAUUAUCGUGGUCGUGCAUCGACACGUGCUAGAGGUAAUAAUUUUCGUUCACGUACUGAUUUAUUGGCACGUAAACGUAAUUUGACAACUGCAAUCGACUAUCGGAGGAAGCUGUUGACAUCACGCUCACGUGACUACAUUCAGCGAGUUCGCAUGACCACCAAAAUGCGUAGGAGCAGCGGUCCGUCUAGGAUAUCCGGGAGUAAAAAGGAGGGAGGGGGUACCAUGAAGGACAAGGAUAGAGAAUUGGCCAAGGCCAUUAAUGCGGAAUUUUCUGAUGAGGAUGAUGAAGAGAAGAAUGCUGAGGAAGAGGUCUGGGAUGAGGAGGAGAAGAUGGAGCAGGAAGAGGAUGAGGAGCCCAAGGAAAAGAAGAUAAAGGAGGCCAAGGCAAGGGAAAAAAAGGAGAAGGUGGAGCGCAGGAGUAAUGCCGGUCAGGAAGUGGAGAAGGACACUGAGAAAGAGGGGGGCGAUGACGAUGUGAAGCAGGAGAAUGAGGAAGACGAAGAGGAGGUGGAGGAAGAGGAGGUGCAGGAGGGCAAGGGGGAGGAGGAAUCUGAUGAACCUCGGGCCCGUGGAAAACGUUUCACUAAGCUCCAGUGUCCUCACUGCCCUCACAGAAGCUCAACCUUCAAGGAAUACUCCCUUCACUUGUACUCAGGGCGUCACAAUACCGCAAUGAGACGAAUUGCUGCACGUCACAAGGCCAAUAUAGCUAGAAUGCGUGUUGUCCAGAGGCAGGAGCAACGGAGGCUCGAGGAGAAGGAUGAAGAGCGAGGCACCCUCCCAUCACGCACUAUGUUCUGUCAAAUUUGCAAGCUCAAUUAUCGCUCUUUAAAAGCAAUUCAUCAUCUCUCUGAUUCCCAUAGACAGAUGAAGAGAUUCCUUACCCCUUUCUGUAGGAUAUGCCGGAUACAGCUGCGAUCUCCCAUGCUUUAUGAGACGCAUGUAGCCUCUCUCGAUCACAUUAAAGCACAAUUACGAAAAAACUCUGACGAUAGAAAAGAAAAUGGUGAAGCUGAGGGUGACUCUAGUGCCCCUGAAGAAGACGACAAGGAAGUUAACCUCGAUAACUUCAUGACACUGGAUUCUGUGGGUGAUGUUGACGCUGAAGAGGGCGAGGAAUUAGCUGAGAAAAAAAAGAAGGAUGAAACGAGCCAAGAGGUGGAGCCCAAGAAAGCGAAAACAAAGCAAAUGAUCAAAGUUGGGGCAGAGUACAUAAAACGAGUUGAAGUUCAAUUUUGCGAGCUGUGCAAGGUCUAUCUGCCUCGAAAUGAGAAUUCCGAGAGGGCUGUAGCUCUGCAUUGUUCAACUAGAAGUCAUCUAAAACGAUACGUCAGGGAUAAUGACGAUAAGGCUCUUCGCCGUCAGGCAGAGCGUAUCCAUUUGCAAACAUCUUCCACAGUGAACAACAAAACUGCAGAAGUGCUAGUACCAGCAGAACCUUCAAAAGAGUCACCUAAUUGCCAGCAGAGUCCAAUUAAAGAGCAAAUAACCUCAAGUACAGUUGAAAUUUCGAACGAUAUUUGCCAGGUCAAUCAACAAAAAGAUAAUACUGAUGAACCAGUACCAAUACCAGAGGCUCAACCAAACGAAGACGAGGAUGACGAUGGCGAUGGGGAUAAAUUGUGGGACGAUGUGGACAAGGACCUAGGAGAUAUACUCAGAGAAGCAGAGCCUGGCAAAUCCAGUGACGACGAGGACUCGCGUUAUGAUCGCUUCAGAAAUGAUACCAAGCUAAUUAAAGACAAGGGGAAUGAUGAGAUUACCAAUGACGAGGCAAAUCAGAAAAUUGAAGUAAAGAUUAAAGUUGAAAAGCCUGACCAAUAAAUGGGCUAUCCUACUAUUUCGACCUCUGCUCGCUUUUUCUUCAAUUAGGGAGGAAAAAUGUUUUCUAUCGAGUUUUUUUGUACAGCAAAACGCAACCUAUCAAAAUUUUCACGCCAAAAUUUCCAUAUUUUCAUUAACUCUUCAGACAUUUAGGAAAAACAUAUAACACUUUAUUUAUCGUAUUUCAAAGGUUUCGGAUCAAUUUUUCGUGGAUAUUUUGAAAUCUGAAGGAGAUGGUGAAUUUUUUUCUAUGACUUUUUUUUUUUUUUUUAGGUAAAAAAGUAAAGAGUUACUCAAAAGGUCCAAUUAAAAAUUUUCCAUCUUGUUGAAUUCUUAAAUUCGUAUAUAUGAGUUGAAAAUUAAUUUCGAAUUUUUUCCAUUGCAUCAAUUAUUUUUGGGGUGAAUGAGUAAAAGCAUUCAAAGUCAAACCACAUACAGAGAAUACAAUAUUUGUUGAGAGUAAGGGAAUUAUCAUUCAUUACAAAUGUUUGCCGUAAUUGGAUGACGAAAAAUAAUACACACGAGACAAGAAUGGAUCGAUUAAUUCUAUUUCAUCACUCAAUCACAGUUUUUCUUUUGUUUCGUCACUUUACUGACAAAUGCAGUUGUAAUAUAGCUCCACUUAGUUUUUACUUUUUUUUUUUUCUCACAUUCUCUCAUCUAUGAAGAAUAAUCACAGAUAUAAAUUCUUAAAACAUUGAAAUUUUCACACAAUUGACUCUUUCCGUGAUUUCAAUGGGCAAUUGACAAAAUAAAUAUUUGCAUAAUGUGUCAUCGGAGUGAUGUGACGAAACUCUGGAUAUUCAAAGGAAAAUUACUGGUUAUAUAAUUAAUAAGUGAGGUAGAAACUUAAUUCAGAACUUUGAGGAUUGAUGUAGUAAUAAAAUAUUCAUACGUGAA